AUGCUAACGCCGCGCACAAGCCAGCAGCGCCUCGUUUGGCUAAUGCCACACCACGACCACGCCAGCUCACCUCCAGCACGCCAUGAUGCAUGGAUGAGUCGACUGGAGGAAACGCCGGCUGGAUCUGCCCCCCCCCGUCGGCCUGGGGAGUCCGCCGCCGUCCCCUCAGGUCUGUUGUUUGGGGAGGGGCUGUCCAUCAGCCUGUCAACCCCAGAACUCUCCAGAAACACUGAUCGUAGGUGGGGGUGGCUGUGUUCGGACCAGGUGGAGGGUGGGCUUAACUGUUUACAGGGCUGUGUUCGGACCAGGCCCGGUGGGCGCCGCAGACUCUUCCCUGGCGCCGUCAGCUCAGCUUUGAGCCGACGCCGGCGCUUCCCUCCGCUGCGUCCGUCAGCCCGUCGAGUUCAAAGCCCGUCUAGCUGCAGGUCUUUGUCGAGAGCUCGGCUGGAGAUCUUUUAUGUUGAAGAUUCUUCUUCUGUGCUUUCUGUUCUUGUAGCCCCUCCCCACCUCUUCCCCACCUUCCACACGCCGAUCCCCAUCGACAUGCGCCACCACGAGGGUCGCUACCACUACGAACCCCACGCGCUCCACGCCAUGCACGGGCCGGCCUCUCUGAGCGGCGGUCCCGUCAUCUCGGACAUCUCCUUGAUCCGUUUGUCUCCCGCCACCGUGGCAACCGGCGAGUCGCCCUUCAGCCCCCCCCACCCGUACGUCAGCCCCCACAUGGAACACUACCUACGCUCGGUCCACGGCAGCCCCACCCUGUCCAUGAUCUCAGCCGCCCGAGGCCUCAGCCCCGCCGACCUGGCCCAUGAGCACCUGAAGGACCGUGGCCUGUUCGGACUGGCCCCGCCCCCCCCAGGGACCAGCCCAGCUGAGUACUACCACCUGAUGGCGAACCACCGCAGCCCCUACAGCGAGCUGCUGAUGCAGGGGGCGGGGCCAACGGCGGGGACACACCCCCUGUCUGACUACAUCAGCCCCAUUGACGCGUCCCGGUUCUCUGGCCCCCGCCUGACGCCACGCCUUGGCAGGAAGCGCGCCCUGUCCAUCUCGCCGCUGUCGGACGCCGGCAUCGACCUACAGACCAUGAUCCGCACCUCGCCCAACUCGCUGGUCGCCUACAUCAACAACUCGCGCUCCGGCUCGGCCGCCGGCAGCUCGUACGGGCACCUGUCGGUCGGCGGCCUCAGCCCGUCCUUCCCGUUCGCCAACCCCAUCAACCCCAUGGCCUACCAGCAGCUCCUGUCCCAGCAGCGGGGGCUCGGAGCCUUCGGACACGCCCCUCCCCUGAUCCAGCCGCCGCCCACCUUCGCCGGCCGCCAGCUGGGUCUCGGCCUGUCGUCGCUGCCGGCCGCCGCCCACAAACGAGACCUGCCGUCCAAGAACCCAGGUGGUGACCCUGCUGUCAGCAGCACCGUAGACUCCGCCAUCACCAAGAGGUCAAAGGUCAAGAGUGAAGCCCAGGGUCUGAACUCCUCGCCUGCUUUAUCUCCGAACCAUCAUGGCAGCCUGUUGGACCUGAAGGACGACAUGGACCGAGACGAGUGCAAACAGGAGCCUGAGGCGGUCUACGAGACCAACUGUCACUGGGAGGACUGCAGCAAAGAGUACGACACGCAAGACCAGCUGGUCCAUCACAUCAACAACGACCACAUCCACGGAGACAAGAAGGAGUUCGUGUGCCGCUGGGACCAGUGUUCACGGGAGCAGAAGCCCUUCAAAGCCCAGUACAUGCUGGUGGUUCACAUGAGGAGGCACACCGGAGAGAAACCGCACAAGUGCACGUUCGAAGGCUGUUCGAAGGCCUAUUCUCGUCUGGAGAAUCUGAAAACCCACCUGCGUUCCCACACUGGAGAGAAACCCUACGUCUGCGAACACGAAGGAUGUAACAAAGCCUUUUCCAACGCCUCGGACCGAGCAAAGCACCAGAACCGGACCCACUCCAAUGAGAAGCCGUACAUCUGUAAAAUCCCUGGCUGUACCAAACGCUACACCGACCCCAGCUCACUCAGAAAACAUGUGAAGACGGUCCACGGACCUGAAGCCCACGUCACCAAGAAGCAGCGCGGCGUCGGCGACCAUCAGCCCAGACCGCCGGCGCCGCGAGAAAAUGGAGAGAACGAGAGGGUUCACAGCGACCGGAUCCAGAGAGGAGACAAGAGCUCAGAUGACAGCGGCUCCCCUAGAGGAGUGGAGGACUACCUGCACAUCAAGUCCAUCAAGACCGAGACCUCAGUGGUGCAUCAGUCCAGCCCUGGCGGUCGGUCAUCAUGUAGCGGCGAACCAUCACCACUUGGCAGCGCCACCGACAAUGACAGUGGAGUAGAAAUGGCGGCGCCCAGCGGGGGGCUGGGGGACCUCAGCACCCUGGACCGCCUGCCCUUCGUGGAGUCCGCGAGCUUCGAAGACUCCCCCGGUGGGGUCGCAGCGGCGGUUCGGAGGCGGCUCGGCACCAGUCCACGUCUGGAGCGCCUGAAGAAGCAGAACACAGUGAGGGACUCCUGUCGGUGGGCCGGCACCCACAGCCCCCGGCAACGAGCUGCCACCCAUACUGCCGAGCAAUCAGAGCUACACAACACAUUUAAAAACUGGCAGAAUGUCAGGUCCUUCUUGGAGAGUCCAGGUGUGGGUGGUGGUCCUCGGUCCUUCCCUGGUUCCGGUGAUCUGAGCUCCACUCAAACGCCUGGGCUCGGAGGUCUUCCAGAGCGCCGGGACAGCACCUCCUGCUCCCUGAGCUCGGUUUACACCUUCAGCAUCUCCCACUGCUACUGGAGCCAGCGCUCCAGUCAGGCGUCGCAGCUCAGCGCCAACAACGUCAGCUCUGCGGACAUCUCAUGACGCUCGGCCUCCUCAGCCUGACUCCGGCCCAGCGCUACCGCCUCAAAGCCACGUACGCUGCUGGUGUCUUAGCCACCUUAGACCGGUCCAGGCCAGGAAAAAACUGCCAGUUUUUCCAGUCAAGGUUUUCUCUUUGGAUUCUGGUACUUUGAGACAUACUCUUCUAAAUAAGCUCUGGGGCCAUCUUGAAUUUUGCCUCAAAUUCAAUAUGGCCGCCAAAAUACCUAAAGUGUUAUGUGGAAGAAGCCUAUUAGGUGAAAUGCUAAAUUUUUUUGAUGCGUGAGUCGGGUUUUUUUCAACCCACGGGGCUUUUGUGGAAUUAUUUUACUCACCCCAACCCGCCAAAUGUUCUAAUUUAUCCCACAGUAUGAAUUUGGAGAGUGCAAAAAUUUGACUAAAGUUAUUAAGAGUCAAAGACGUCAAAGUUGUUUAAGUUCAGAUCAGUAUUGGCAAAACUAAUCCUAAAAAAUAUCAGAUCUGAAGGAAAAAAAAUGGUAUCCCAGGUCAGGACAUUGCUACCACCAACGGCGUUCUGUUAGCAUCACAAGUUAGUGCCAAUAAAUUCACCAAAUAGGCUUCUUCCACGUAACAUUUGACAUAUUUUGGCAGCCAUAUUGAAUUUGAGGCAAAAUUCAAGAGCUUAUUUUGAAGAGCAUGUCUCAAAGUACCAGAAUCCAAAACCUUGACGGGAAAAAUUGGCAGUUUUUUCCUGGCUUGGACCCGUCUACAUGUGGUUUCUACCGACAGGAUCGUAAAUAAACCCUCAACCACGGACUUGGACUAAUUCGUGGAACCAAACGUGAUCGUGUACCAGGUGUGGUGUUCUUGUACAGUUUGAUGAUUAUUUACCAAUGGCGGUUUUCUAUCCUUUGGAAAAGCCAUACUUUGUUUUUUUGCCUUAUGGUUGGUAGUUGAAUAGCCGUAUUGGACUGUAAAGAUCCCUUUUACUAAGUGCCUGGCUCAGCCAAUCAAACAUGAGGAAAUGUAACCAGGCAGUGACUGAAUGCCUACAUUUGGAAUGUACCAUCACCUGCAAAUUCUUAAAA